AAAUAACAUAACAUCACAUGCCGUUGCAGAGGGGUUAACAAUAGUGCGAAGAGGAACGAGUUCUGUGCAGGACACUGGACUGUUGAUGGGUGUGGCGAAGAAUGAACUUUUGAUAUUACUCCUGGCGACAAAAGGAUAGCAAGAACUUUUACUUUCCUGGUUUACUUAUAGCAGGAUUAAAGGUAAACAGAGACAUUAUCGCCUAUAUAUAGAAUCUUCCACCAUCAUUAUCAGUGACUCCACGGACCGGCACUCGUAAAUGGCACAGAACAUGAAAGACAACAGAGCGAUGGUCGACGAAAAGUGGUUUUUAUAGUCGAGAAGCGGCAGUAUUUCUGCGCACGUAUUGUUGCUGGAAAAACGUCUGGCCGUAGGAAGUGCGGGAUAACGAAGCAGCAGCCAUGUACGGACUGAUCUUCGAGAACCUGAGUCAAUACGUGACUUCAGUGUACGGCGCCGAACGCUGGGAGGAGAUCCGGCGUCGGUCGAGGAUCGAGAUGGCCACGUUCAGCACGCACGAGGUGUACCCGGACAACUUUGUCCACAAGCUCGUCAGCAAGGCCUGCAAGGUGCUGAAGGUGAGCGAACGCGAAUUCCUGGAAGGCAUGGGCGUCUACUUCGUGUCGUUCCUGGCCCAGUACGGUUACGACCGCGUCCUCUCGGUGCUCGGUCGCCACAUGCGCGACUUCCUCAACGGACUGGACAAUCUGCACGAGUACCUCAAGUUCAGUUAUCCACGGAUGAAGGCACCCUCGUUCUUCUGCGAGGACGAGUCCUCGACUGGACUCACGCUCCACUACCGAAGCACCCGGCGAGGCUACCUGUGGUACACCGUCGGCCAGAUCAAAGAAGUGGGCCGGCACUUCUACAAUACAGAAGUUGAAGUGGAAGUCUUGAAGGAGGAGUCCAUCUUCAACACGCUACACGUCAUCAUGAGGCUGAAUUUCGACAAUAUGGCUUACCAACCGCCGUCUUUAAAGCUGGACGAAGAGGACAUGGUGAGCCGAACUCUGCUACCGGUCAAGGCUUUCGUGUUCCUCGAGAUAUUCCCCUUCUGCGUCGUGUUCAACGAGGACCUGACCAUCACCAACAUCGGCAACAGCCUGCAAGCCGUGAUGCCUGCCGUGGUGGGAAAGCGAAUACCCGAAGUGUUCGACCUCACCAAGCCCAUGGUGGAGUGCUCCUGGAAGUCGAUCAUGGGCCACACGAACAACGUAUUCGAGUUGACUUCGCUGGAGGCGGUGCGAGCCCGGUGCAACCUGAACAGCAGCCAAGACAACGUGUCGCAAUGCGACUUCAGCGAGAACGGAGAUUUCAAUUACGAGGACGCACUGCUGCACCUAAAAGGACAGAUGAUGUACAUGGACGAAUGGAAAAGCAUGGUGUACCUAGCAACACCAGUCAUGCGCGACCUAGAGACAAUGGUGCUGACGGGACUCUACAUCAACGACCUCAGCAUGCACGACUUUAGCCGGGACAUGGUGCUCGCCGGACAGCAGCAAUCCGCUGAACUGAAGCUCGCACUAGAUCAGGAGCUCCAGAAAAGCCGUCAGUUGGAGGAGUCUAUGCGCAAGUUGGACGUCGAGAUGAAACGAACCGACGAGCUACUCUACCAAAUGAUACCCAAAACAGUAGCUGACCAACUGCGAAGCGGAGAGACGUCUGUAAACACGUGCCAGUACUUCGCGUCGGUCACCAUUCUGUUCAGCGACGUGGUGUCGUUCACGGAGAUCUGCAGCCGAAUCACGCCCAUGGAGGUUGUCUCAAUGCUGAACUCCAUGUACUCGCUAUUCGACGAGCUCACUGAGAAGCAUGGAGUCUACAAGGUGGAAACCAUCGGCGACGCGUACAUGGUGGUGUCCGGUGCCCCGGAGCCGGAGCCCAACCAUUCGGAGAAGGUUUGCGAGAUGGGGCUCGCCAUGGUGAAAGUGAUAGGUGACCUGAAGGACCCCUCGACAGGAAAGAGCCUCAAGAUACGCGUCGGUGUUCAUUCUGGCGCAGUGGUGGCAGGUGUUGUCGGCCUGAAGAUGCCGCGGUACUGCCUCUUCGGUGAUUCCGUCAAUACGGCAUCGCGAAUGGAAAGCACGAGUGAGGCCCUGCGCGUUCACAUCAGUCAGAAGACAAAGGAACUACUAGAUGAAUCAAAGUGGCUGAUUCAGGAGCGCGGUACCGUCGAUGUCAAGGGUAAAGGCUCCAUGAAAACCUACUGGCUCCAGGGAAAGAAGGGCCAGGGAAACGUUAACCGGCGGUACCCGGAUGCUUCGACUGCCCUGUCCACAAAGCAAGAGUCCAAGCGCCGCAAGUCCUCUGUCGGGGCCCGUUCCGUGUAUUCGCCGGUGACGUACGAAGAGAUAGCCAAACACUCGCCGUCCAACACGCCUCCACCACACGGAGGAGGCAACGUGACGUCAACGAAGCCAACAGCUGGUGUCAGUCCCACGACACAGACGGCAGGCAACGCGCCUGGCACUGCAGUCAUCAAGGACGUCACGGGGAACACGGAGAUUCCGAACGGCGGCUCUACAUCACCUAAGCGUCGGACUAUGAGCGUCGCUCCUACGACGACCCCGGUGAACGCCUCGCCCAGGGAGACGAACGGCCGGCCCACACCUCGCAAGAGUGCGUGGACGGAGCUCGAACUGAAAGUUCCUACGCAGCCCCUGGCUCCUGCGUCAGUAGUGACCGUGCCGCCGCCACCAAUCUUGACCGCCGUCGGGUUGCAGCCGCCCUGCCAACAUUGCACGCACUGUCAUAACAACUACAAUCAGCAGCAGCGAAGGCUGGCUGACGUCUCGUCGGUUGAGUCUAGGGGCGACAAGCUAGGCUGUUGGGCGUCUUCGCCGCCUAAUCGGGCUGGUGUCGGUGGUCAGCUGGCUUCGAGUGCAAGUGGCGGCAGUGGCGCGGCUUGUUCUAUCUUGUGAGAAAGGACGCUGGGAGUGCCAGUGAUUAGCAUCUUGAAUGGCGGCUCAGUGGAUGCCCAUAAAAAAAGAACUUGUGGGCUUCUGACCAGGGUCGCUUGACGGUGUGUUAUUUAUUUAAGUGCAAAAUAUUGGUUGUCUGGAAAAUUUUCCGCGGUGCUUCGGGAAGGACAUGUCAAACUUUAGUCGGCAUCCUACCCAACUUCACCAGUGGUGUGCGGCUUAUUCAAAUGCUAAAGGUUAUUUGCCCGGAGAAGGAGAUUGGCAGCGCUUCUGGCCGGACGGAUGUGAACAUACACGCUUGCUUGGCAUGGAACUAUUGUAAUGGCCGUCAGUGUAGUCGCGUCAACCUUGUCUAUUAUUGAAAGGCAGCGGCUGGUUUUAGACUGCAGGAAACUAUGUGAAAAGUGCAUAGAUAAGCAGCUGCAGCGAGGUGCUUACAAUCAGCACAACGCAGGCGAAAUCUUCGUAUGGCUUCUGAAGACUAGUGCGGCCACGAUGUAGCCGCAAUGCUUAAAAUGCAAAACGUUUCGGUAUGAAUUUUCAAGCUGUGUCCGUUGUUUUCCGGCGUCUGUAGUUCAACGAAAACGUUCACUGAACGGAAAAGUACGUAUGUUAUCAGGCUAUGUAAAAAAAAGCAACACGGUUGGAUAUGUAUGAGUGCUAGCUAUUUCUUUUAAAUAAAUACAGCGAUGACUGAAGAGUGCCUUGCUGCUGUUCAGUCUUAACAGAACAACGUAAUAACGCGCUAACUGCAAG